AUGGCAGGUCACCAUGACUCAACGGCAAAACUGCGCAUUUUGUUGAUCAUUCAUGGAUAUCCUCCUCUCUACAAUGCUGGCUCUGAAGUUUACACCCAAACUUUGGCAAGAUCCUUGGCGGAUAAUGGUCAUGAUGUCUUGGUGUUUUGCCGGGAAGAGGACACCAUUGCGCCCUACUUCCGGAUGCGCGAUGACUUUGACGGGAAAGUUCCUCUGAAAAUCAUCAACCUUCCAAACUUCCGUGACCGCUAUCGUGUUGUGGAAGUAGACGAAGCCGUGAAAGCCAUUGUGGAGGAUUUCAACCCAGAUGUGGUGCAUUGUGGGCAUUUGAACCACCUGUCCAUGUCGCUGGUGGAUGUGGUGACAAAAAAAAACAUACCAUUCUUGUACACCUUGCACGACUACUGGCUGAACUGCCCACGUGGGCAAUUCAUUCAAUUUACUGGUGAUACCGACAGCGACCUGUGGCCAGUCUGCGAUGGACAGGAAGACACAAAGUGCUCACAGCGCUGCUAUGUGCCACGAAUCGGGUCUGGAGACCCAUCAUCCAGUGAAGACGAGAAGUACUGGACCUCCUGGAUUGCCAAGCGGAUGGCUUUCACACGAGCAACUUGCGACAAGAUAGAUUUGUUCAUUGCUCCGGCGCAACACUUGAAGAACCGAUUCAUCCAAGAAGGCUUCUUGGUGUCAAAGUAUGCGGGAUGUUUUGCCCCUCAGUCCAAAGUCGUCUAUUGCGAUUACGGCUUUGACCUUGAGCGUCUUACUGGAAGGAGCAGGAAGGCAGAUGAGCCCUUCACCUUCGCAUAUAUCGGCACUCACAAGGAAAGCAAAGGCGUCCAGCACCUGAUCGAAGCUUUUGCCGGGUUGAUGCAGGACAAGUCAUUGCCAGCAACCAGACUAAAGAUCUAUGGCAGAACCUUGGGGCAGAGCACUGCAGCCCUGCGACGUCUUGCUGAGAGCCUCCUACCGCCUUCCAGCCCAGCUUCCGCCAACUUGGACUGGUGUGGCGAAUAUUGCAAUGAACGCAUCGUGGAGGAUGUCUUCAACAAGGUCGAUGCCAUUGUGGUACCUUCGAUAUGGCUGGAGAAUAGCCCCCUGGUCAUCCAUGAAGCACUGCAAGCAGGAGUGCUGGUGAUUACCGCGGAUGUUGGAGGGAUGGCAGAAUAUGUUCACCACGAGGUCAAUGGUCUUCUCUUCAAACAUCGGAGCCCAAAGGCUCUGGAGGAGCAGAUGCGCCGAUGCCUUUUGGAUCCAGCGAUGGCAAAAUCUUUGGCAAACAGAGGCUACUUGUUGUCAAAGAACGGUGAGAUCCCACCCAUAGCAGACCAUGUCGACCAGAUGGUGGAGCUCUAUAGGAGAGCCAUUCAGCAUCGCAGGUCGUCCAAUGUGCGGCAGGGCAAGCUGUUGCCAUGGCGUAUCACCUUUGAUACGAAUCCAGAUGAUUGCAACUUACACUGCGACAUGUGCGAAGGUUUUUCGCAGUACUCCACAGUCAAGGCAGAACGUAAGGGACUUAGUCCGAGACGGAUGCCAUUCGAGCUGGUGGAGAAAGUUCUUGAAGAAUUUGUUGAUCUGCAUCUCAAAGCCCCGGGAGAUUCCACUGCAUUGGAGGUGAUACCUUCAACUAUGGGAGAGCCGUUGCUGUACGAGCACUUCGAGCAGAUGCUAUCCCUGAUCCAACAGCAAGACAGACGCUUGAAGGAUCAAGGCUUGCCAGGCCUCCGUUUGAAUUUGACCACCAAUGGCACUUUUCCAAAGCUUGGCGCAAGAGGUUGGGCACCAAAAGUGCUUCCCAUCACAUCGGACAUCAAAAUUUCCUGGAAUGGAGCGACCAAAGGCACUCAAGAGUCCAUCAUGCGCGGCCAGACGUUUGAGGAUGUACUGGAGAACGUGAAGGUCUUGGUCUCUGAGAGGGAUGCUCUUGUAAAAGCCGGCGGACACUUUUGCCGCCUCACUCUCCAGCUGACAUUUCUGGAGGAGAACUACCACGAGAUACCAGAUAUCAUUCGUCUUGCAGCUGAGUUGGGCAUCAACAGGGUCAAGGGCCAUCAUCUUUGGUCGCAUUGGAAAGAGAUGGAUGGCCGCUCCAUGAAGAGAGAUGCUGAUGCUGUAAGCCGCUGGAAUAGGAUGAUACCACUUGCAGAAGAGAUUGCCAACGCCAACAGCAUCCUGUUGGAGGGCAUCCAUGUGAUACCCGAAACAGCCGCUGAAGAUUUGGCGCCAGGGGCUCCCUGCCCUUUCUUGGCUAAGGAGGUCUGGGUGGCAGCGGAUGGGCGCUUCAACGUGUGUUGCGCGCCAAAUGACCAGGGGCUUCAGUUGGGUUUCUGGACUCUAUUUCAAACCCGUUUUCAAUUGAAUAUUUCGCCAGCUUCGCAUAUGGGGGUUUCUUGA